AGUGUCAAACACAUUCGUGAUGUGCGAAAAUCUUGUUUGUUUUUAUCCCAUUUGCGAAUAAAAUUCCCUGGUGGAAGGUCCUCCCCUUUGAAGCAACAGGCACACCUUCGGAUUUCAAAUUUCAUAAUCAGGUACCUAAAAGACAAAUUUAAUUCAACAUGUCGAUGGUUGAUACCUACUUUAUGGUAGCUUUAGAGAUCGUAAAGUCGGCAGGAAAACUUAUAACUGAGCAUGUCAAGGGAUGCAAGGAUUACAAAUUGAAGUCGUGCGACAUCGACUUGGUAACUGAAGUGGACAAAGCGGUAGAGACGACUAUCUUGUCCAAAUUAAAAGAGGAAUUUCCUCAUCACGCGUUUAUCGGCGAAGAAUCAGUCGCGGAAGGUGCCAGAGUGGUUCUCACUGACGAGCCGACCUGGGUCCUCGACCCUAUUGACGGUACUCUUAACUUCGUCCAUGGGUUUCCUCAUAGCUGCAUUUCUCUCGGCCUGCUCAUUAACAAGGUGCCAGAGAUGGGGAUCAUUUAUAACCCAAUUAUGAAUCAACUAUUUACUGCCUUGAAGCAUCAAGGAGCGUAUCUUAACGAUCAAAUCAUUCAUGUGUCAAAGGUUAAGGAACUGAAGGGAGCAUUAGUUGCUUUCGAAGCUGGCACAAGCCGUGAUGCGGAUAAAAUGAAAGUUGUGCGGGAAAAUUUUGAUCAAAUCAUUUCUAAAGCUCAGGGCAUGCGAGCUUUGGGUUCGGCGGCGUUGAACAUGGCCAUGGUAGCAAUGGGAGCAGCGGAUGCUAACUUUGAGUUUGGGAUUCACGCCUGGGACGUAGCUGCUGGGACCAUUAUAGUGCGAGAGGCUGGAGGAGUGGUCAUAGAUCCUGCCGGUGGCCCUUUUGACAUUCUGUCGCGCAGGGUGCUUUGUGCUGGUACGAAGGAGCUGGCUGAGGAGUUGUCCAAGACCUUGGUCCAGUAUUACCCAGAGAGGGAUUAAAGCGGGAUGAAGAGUAGACAAUAUAAUAAUAUUAAUCAAACAAUAUUUAAGGGAAGUUUUAAAUUUUUGAUGCAUUGUAAUUUGAACUAUGUACUUACAUAUUUAUUCACAUUCUACAGGGAUUGUAUGUAGUGUCAAAGUCAAAGUCAAAGUCAAAAUUUCU